AUGACGGGGACACCACCACUACGCCUACAUACCACUACCUUUGAUCAUCCUUUACAUAAACGCUUCUUUUACCCGACGACGGGGAUCGCUCGAUAUCGUCUCGAUGCAAACAAUAACACCAUCAGAAAGGGCACGACGAACCAGAGCUCUUAUGAAAGCCCUAGACAAACGGGUACCGGGCGCUUAGAAUACAAUUCCAGGAAGGCGAGAAAAGCUCGACUUGCCCUCAAGACUCAUCACAUCCAGCAUCAUCCCGACGGUUCCGAUAAGCCGUCGACCUCGCCUGCAAAUGUUACCGUCAGGGUGGACUCGGUCCGAUCGGAAUUCAAGCCACAUUUGAAGCUGGAUAUAACGUUCUGGCUAGCGGUGACAUUCGUAUUGGGCAGUUGUGUAUGGGUGGUGAACGGGUUCACCGUCCUCCUACCUCUUUACCUUGGACGCAUCGAAAACUCUGAGAACCUGACCUCGACCUACUUCAAGACCGCUGCAGCUCAAGCUUUCGUCGGUGGAGUAAUCUUUGAGGUCGGAAGUUACUUGAUGGUGGUGGAAGCGUUGAACAGAGGUCAAGAGACCGGGUUCGGAGCGGCUGUAGUCCAUCUGCUACAGUCCGGUCACCCCACUCCUUCUCGAUCUCGUUCGUCACUCAAGGAUCACGAUUCGAAUGCUCUUGAAAAGAGUCAUACAGAGUUAAUCGGAGUGCAUCCGGGUCGGAAGAGAUUCAUCUGGGGGAAACCGUUAUGGAGAGACUUGGGGUAUGAUGCCGCUCUCAUCCAAUUGAUCGCAGCGACGGUUUUCUUGGUAUCCACCAUAACGGGACUACCAGGCGUAAUCCCUGGCUUUCCAAGUUCCGGCAACGCCGCCAUCGUCAAGGUAUUCUUCUGGACGCCUCAAGUGGUUGGCGGGACUGGCUUUAUCAUCUCCGCUCUCUUCCUCAUGAUCGAGACACAGAAAAAAUGGUGGUUACCGAACUUGACGGACCUAGGAUGGCAUAUCAGUUUCUGGAACCUGGUCGGAGGUGUCGGGUUUACGCUCUGUGGGGCGAUGGGGUACAACACGGACGAGAGAUGGGUGGAUAAUAGCGCGAUAUCUACGUUCUGGGGGUCGUGGGCUUUUUUGAUAGGGAGCGUCAUGCAGUUGUACGAAGCGGUGUGGAGAGAACCGGAAGUUGGGGAUUUGGGGCAUGAUGUGAGCAAAUCAUAA